AUGUCAGACCCGUCGAAUGUAAAAUUGAUUUUCGAGAGCCCUGACGGGACGGCUAUUAAGGUCAAAGGCGAGGGAAAGGAUGAGAAGGGCGCUUAUACUAUUGUCAACGGCAGCUAUGACAGCGUAUUGAAAACAAUACCAAGCAGUACAAAAGCAAUACCAAUGCGGUCCGGUACUAUCAAGGCAGAUGUGAUAACUAUUCUCUGGGAAGUGGACAUCGAUGACAAGUUCAGUACUGGUUAUUUCUUUAUUAGGCGGACUUCUGUUGUCGAAAAUCAAUUCCGGAUAAUGGAUUGGAUGAGGAAUCAAUCGGAGGGGAUGUGGCGUGGAUUUUACUUUGAUGCAAACAACAAUGUCUACAUGAUUAUAAGCGGCAAGGACCAAAAUACCCCUGGCUCUGGCGCAGAUGUACGUG